ACUUUACAACGAAAAAGAGAUCCAGAAGAUCAUGUUAGAUAUGUUGCAAAACAGCGUGUUCCAAAUGUGGAAACUUAUAAUGAGAGAAUGGCAGAUUUUAAAGAUUGGUAUAUUGAAGAGAUUUAUACUAGCCUGGAAAAAUUAUAUAAAUUAUAUCUCGAACUGGCUAAUCAAGAAGAGAUUGUAGAAAAAAGAUCUAGGGAAGAAGUAGAUGAUAUUCUUCAAAGAAUUCAUGGUCUAGAAAUUUAA